ACACCCUUCACCUUGCUUAUCAAUACUUACCUUACUAAGUAUUGACCUUGUAAAAUCAAUAUAUUUCCCGUGUGCUAUUCUAGUCCCUAUUUCUUCUCAUAUUGCUUCUAAUAUUCUGAUAUUAUUAAAGCAUUUUAAAAUCUUYUAUUUCUAAAAUAUUUUAGGCAUUUCUUUAAAAAUUUUGAAACAGCUUUGAAGUCUUGCUUUUGAGCUGUUUAAGUUGACUGAAGGGACAGCUGAAGUGAACUACAURCAAUUAAAUAGUUUAUGUAAUUCAUGCUAUAUAAAAAUUUCAAAUAUUUUUUUUUCCUAUUCCACUGGGUGGAAGGAUUUUCAUAAUGUCUUCAGAGAGGAAUGCUAGAAAACAUAUUGUGAACCCAAAGAGUAUUGACAGAGUGAUAAAAUAUCCCCAAAUAACAACAAAAAAGGCCAAUGACUGUAUGUGUUCCUUUUUCUGUGAAUCAGAGUAGCUAAAUUGCAUACAAUAUGUCAUAGACUAUUAACAGGUAUUCUGUUUACCACAACUAAUUCAUUAGGAGAAUUACUUUCUAAGUAAAGGGAUCUGAGUUUURUUAAUUUUUCUGUUUCUAUAAAAUUUUAGCCCAAGGUAAAUCUAUGAUAGCUGUGAGGUCAUUAUAUUUAUUACAAUAUUUCUAUCUAUUGGUAUUACUGUUUUCAGUCUGUGAGGGCAUAAAAGAUGCCAGCAUGUAAAUUCCUCUAGAAGGACUCACAUUCUAAAUAUGUAAUGACAUUUCUAGACAUUUGGGUUUUCAAGUAACUUCUCUAUUUUAGCUUCUCUUUAAUUUCUCUUGCUUCUUCUUUUACAAUGAGCAAUAUUUUAGCAACACAGGGAAGGAAACAGAUGCCAUAAGUACUCCCAUUUGAACACAGACAAACUACAAGUCUCUGCAGAGGGUGAUACCAAUUUAACGUAUGCGGCUGAACAACGUGCAUGCUAUUAAUCUCAGAAGGUAACAGAAAGACAUUAAACGACAGCACUUUAGUAUCUGCAUUGACCUCCAUGAUGUCAGAAUGUCAUUGUGCAACCGUAGCUAAGAAAAGCCGCCGAGAAAAAAAAAAAAACAAAGGAGCUUUGCGUCUUCCAAUAACAUGAGAUGUGCAUAUACAUUGAACCAAGACUCUGUAGCUGAUACGCAAUGUCACUUACAACAUUAAUCAGAUACUGCAUUUAAGUUUCGGAAAACCUUGGAUAAGGACGGGUUUUUUUUCCCACUCCUGCUUUCCCUGUUGAUAAACCCGGUUCUCCUGCUCACGGUCUAUUCAAGCUGCUUCCCAUCUGAAUUUUGACAACUGCUUCUAAAAAAUUAUCAAGAAGAACAAGAACAGAACUUAUCACCAUUGCUUUACAUAAAAAUGGCUGGGUGCAUUGCCAUGUUAACACUGCUCUAAGUGGUACAUGCAGGUUGAUACACUGUAGCCACACAGUUCACAAAAUUACUGAGAUGGUUUUGCUGAAAAUACCUGUCAAUACCACUUUUAAAAGAUUCUAACAAGAAGAACAACCUGAUUUUAGAUGACAGUCAUGUCCCAUUCAAAGGAUCUCAAGGACGAUUUCCACAGUGACACUGUACUUUCCAUUUUAAAUGAACAGCGCAUUCGGGGUAUUUUGUGUGAUGUCACCAUAAUUGUGGAAGACACCAAAUUUAAAGCCCAUAGUAAUGUGCUGGCAGCUUCAAGCCUUUACUUUAAAAACAUCUUUUGGAGUCGUACUAUYUGUAUUUCAGGUCAUGUACUGGAGUUAGAUGAUCUCAAAGCUGAAGUGUUUACAGAGAUACUGAAUUACAUCUACAGUUCCACAGUAGUUGUUAAGAGGCAGGAGACUGUAACGGACCUUGCAGCUGCAGGGAAAAAACUGGGAAUAUCAUUUCUAGAAGAUCUUACAGAUGUAAACUUUUCAAGUUCCCCCUGCCCCUAUGCAUAUGUUAAUGAAAAAGGGACUGUCAAAGAGGAAAAACAUGAAAAGCGACAUGAAGACUCUGCUGUGACAAAUGGACCACGAAUUACAAAUGCAUUCUCAAUUUUUGAAACAGAAAACAAUUUGUUUUCUCCCCUUGAUUUGAGGGCCAGCUUUAAAAAGGUAUCUGAGACAAUACAAGCUCCCAACAUCAGCCUCGACAGAAGUGAUGUUUGCAAAGAUGCUGAGCCAGCCAGUACCUUGGCUGAACACUCUUAUGCAGUUUCUUCUGGGGGAGAUACUUCACAAGGAACACCUUUUGUUGAACAGGACAGCAGCCCUUCAUACCACGUGGGUGAGGACCGCUAUGAAAAUCACCAAGCCACCCCAGUCAUUCAGCAGGGAAAACAAGCAGCUAAUAUUCCUAAGUCAGCCUUUAAGCCCCAGAAUACUGGUUCGGCUAUAGCAAAAGUACCGGCCUCUACAGUAACCACUACAGAAGCCCAGCAUGAAGCAGUUACUAAUCAGACAAUUACUUCCUUUCCAAAAUCUCAAAGUAAAGCAGGAGAAGUAUCCAGAGAAGAGGAAAGCACUUCUGCUAAUGUCUCUGCAUCUGAGGCAACUGUCACUCCACCUGUUUACAGUUGUAACUGUUGUGCAAAAUCAUUCAAUGACCGGGCAUUACUUACUGCUCACCUCCAUUCAGACCAUCAGGAAAAUUUCAUAUGCAAAUACUGCAGCAAACAAUUUGCAAAUCUAAAUAUACUUAAAAGUCAUGAACAAGUCUGCAUGAGAUCAAGUAACUUAUCGCCUCACAGUGGAAAUGAACAAAAUUUUGCAGAUAACUAUACUGCUGCAGAGGGACGGAAUGGAAGUUCAUAUGCAAACACAGAGCCUCUGUUGUCUGAAAACAGCAUCACUGAUUGUUCUAAUGCAAACUGCACUUUACCAGAAACAGAUCAUUUGGUUAAAGUUGUUGAUGGGCAGAUACUAUAUACUUGCGUYGUUUGCAAACGUAGUUAUGUCACAUUGUCCAGCCUUCGAAGACAUGCAAAUGUGCAUUCCUGGAGAAGAACAUACCCUUGUCACUACUGUAAUAAAGUCUUUGCGUUAGCUGAGUACCGCACCAGACAUGAGAUCUGGCACACUGGAGAAAGGCGUUACCAGUGCAUUUUCUGUCUGGAGACCUUCAUGACUUACUAUAUCCUGAAAAACCAUCAGAAGUCUUUCCAUGCAAUUGACCAUCGCCUCUCAGUAAAUAAAAAGACGGCCAAUGGGGGUUUAAAACCAAGUAUGUACCCAUACAAACUGUAUCGACUCUUGCCUAUGAAAUGYAGGCGAAUGCCUUACAAAUCCUACCGAAAUUCGUCGUAUGACAAUGUUCCAACAAGUACCCAGGCUAAUGAAACUGCUUCUACUAACUGUUUCAUUCAGAGUUCUCUUAACUCUGAGCUACCACCACUGAAUUUUCAACAUAGUAUAAUGUCAAACAACAGAACUUUGGCCUUGGAUACUUCUUCAUGUAAUGAUACAGCAUCUUCCACAAAUACUCAGAAUUCUUCCUCUUGGGGAGUAGGUAUCUUAAAUUCUGGCCUGCAGAGGGACUUUUUCCCAGCUGAAAAAAGAGUUUCCACUGCUGCGAAUGACUCUGGUUCACAGCAAUGUGAUUCCUCAGUUGUGUCCUUAGCUAACAUGAAUGAAAAUUCAACCUCUGUCAUCAGUUACAGCAGUUCUGCACCCUCUGUUAUAAUGCACAGUAGCAGAGUUUCAUCGGUAAUAAUGCACAGUAAAACAGUCACUUCCAUAGAAAACAGUAAGAUGGAAUCUUCAAAUAACCUACCUAAUCAGUCAGUAAGUAAUGACUGUAAGUAUGGGUCAGAUAAUUACGGGAAGUGCAUUACUAAAUCAAAAACAAUUAAGGAGAAAAAGAAAACACUGCAAUACAACAGAGCAGAAGCAACUGAGGAUACACAGCAUGUCACAGGAUCCGGAGGUUCAUGUAGCAAAACAAGUACUGUCCAAGAGUCCAGUAAAACUGAAACAUACAUUGCAAAGCCUGCCUUACCUGGAACAUCUGCUGACAGCAAUGUCGCGCCUCUUUGCCAGAUAACAGUAAAAAUUGGUAAUGAAGCAAUUGUAAAAAGACAUAUAUUAGGAUCUAAGCUGUUUUGUAAAAGGGGCCGCAAAUCCAAACAUGAGCCCAAACAGGACAAUGUCAUUGAGGAACCAGAAAUGGAGGUGAAAGAAAGAAGCCCAACUAGACUCUAUAACUCAGAAUCCCUGGAGCUGACAGAAAUGUGUGAUGAUGUAAGUGACCAGGACUCCAGUGAUAAACCCUGGAGACCUUAUUAUAAUUACAAACCAAAAAAGAAAUCCAAACAGCUAAGAAAAAUGAAAAAGACCAAGUGGAGGAAAAAGCACGGAAGCAAGAACACCAGUGUGGAAAGCCAGAACACAUGCAGUCGAGAGUAUGCACUCCGGAAUGCUCCUGAGGAGAAGGCGGUCAGCCAGGAAGACAACACAGAAAUGCCUAAUCUUCAUUGUGAGCUCUGUGAAAGAGACCAGUCUUCUACAGGAGAAGCUCAAGAACAUGUACACUGGCAUGUAGCUGCUUCAAAGCCUUACAUUUGUGAAUUAUGCCAAAAACAAUUUCAAAGUCCAUCCACUUUAAAAAUGCAUAUGAGGUGUCACACUGGGGAAAAGCCCUACACUUGCAAAACCUGUGGGAAAUGUUUCUCAAUUCCUGGAAAUCUACAGAAACAUGAACGUAUUCACCUGGGUGUCAAAGAUUUUGUCUGCCAAUACUGUAAUAAAGCAUUCACUUUAAAUGAAACACUCAAAAUACAUGAAAGAAUUCAUACUGGAGAAAAACGCUACCACUGUCAGUUCUGCUUUCAGAGUUUUUUGUAUCUUUCUACCAAAAGGAACCAUGAGCAAAGGCAUGUACGUGAACAUAAUGGAAAAGGAUACGCUUGCUUUCAGUGCCCCAAAAUUUGCAAAACUGCAGCUGCUCUGGGAAUGCACCAGAAGAAACAUUUAUUCAAAAGUCCAGGCACACAAGACAGAAAAGAACAGUUUUGCAAUGAAAGUACUAAACUUCUAGAAAACCCACAUUUGCUUGGUUCUGAAGGAAGUGAAGUGAAAAAUACACAAAAGGUAACUCCAGAAGUUACACUCUGAGUGACAAUUGUGCAAAAGAGUAGAAAAAUCCAAAACUAUUUUGUGGAGAAGAUACAGAUGUAUUGAAUGGGGAAACAUAUCAUUUACUAAGGUCAAAUUUCUUCAUCUAAGUGUAUGUCAGUGUAUGCAAAAGAAGGAAAACAAAGAAAAAAASCAGUAUUUGCAAUAAUACAAAUUUCAUGUGAAACAUCCAAAAUACUUUUGCCACAACAGACUCUUAACAUAGAGAGAAAGAAAAAUGAACAACCCAAACCCUUCUACUUAACAUUACAAGAAACUAGUCACUGAACUAUUUUACAGUUCUGGUUUUGAGUCAAAAUCGUUCUAGGCAAAAGAAAUAAGUAGAUUCAUGGUGUAUUCUGUAGAAGGAAGUUUUGCUGCAGAAACCAUAUAUUACUUUUUUUUUUUUUUUAACGAAAGUAAUGUGUUUAUAAAGGAAAUAAUUGUAAUCUUGUGUAUUCUAAAGUGAAGGUGCGAAGUGUUUCAUGGUCUUGGGUGUGCCGAAGUACAUUUGAGUUCUGCCAUGCUUUUCUGUAACAGCCUUUACAAAACAUAUUCAGGAGUUUAAACUACUCUUUUCCUUUCCAUAUUCAGUUUUGUAGUUACCAUAAUAACUGUUAAGUCUGAGUGAUGGUGUGAGAAGUAUUCCAGAUUUAUAUAUCUCUGAGACAUUUAAUAAAGGUUCAGUGGAGUUUACUAUAGCCAGUCUUCCAAACUGCAUAAAUCCCCAUAUCAGUGGCCUGUUGAGCUCUUCAGGUGCAUUGGUCUAAAGAAAAAAUUAUGAAACAGAAAUCUGUAUAGAAAGGUCCACCUCCUGGUGGGUCUGCAGCUCUUGCUUUUAGAAAUACUAUUCUUGUCAACAGAAGGAGAUGUAGACAGAAUUUUCCUCCUCAUCCUGGAGUAAUGCCUGGACAGAAACAAUAGAGCAUCUCCCCAUAAAUACUUUAAUUUUGAAAGGAGUAGAUAAAUAAGACUCCUACUUCAUGUAUAUCCCUGAGGCAAUCCCUAUGUAUAAACAGGUAUAGGGCCAGUUUGUGGGGUUCCCUGUCAUUUCCAUGCCUUAAAUGCAACAUUUAACCUUCAGAUGUCCCUUCUCAGUGAUCCCACCAACCAUUCCAGCAAUGUCCCAUGGCCAUAGCAGAGAGGGGUCGGGAGCGGGCUGCUGGAGGAUGGAGUGUUGGCCUUCCUGCCUCCCUCAUCCUGCUACAGCAAAGGGUACUGGUGAGCCUUACAGCUGCACAGUUCACUAAGAGAAUGACUUCUGAAAGACAGCACCUAAAUAUGCCAGUUAAUAUCGUUUUGUGAUUCAUUUUAAUUGAGACGCUURAAGUGUCCAAGGAGGUGCAUGUCUGCAAGUUGCAUUUUAUAUGAUAGGGRUCUGUUGUACUGUGUGUGCAUUUCCAAUAGUCAUGUUUGUUCAUCCCUGUGAAGUGUUAAAAAAUUMAGUCACGACAAGGGUUAGUGAUCCUCAACUUCAUUCAACGUGAUGGUUCACAGUUUGUUACUUAACUUCGUCUUCUUGAAUAUUUUAAAAGAAUCUAUAGCUUGGGUACAAUAAAACUACAGUUGAAAUGAUAAUACAGUAUUGAUUGAAGUAAUAAUAUAGUCCACUUGCUUAUUCUAUCACUGGUGAAUGCUGUGAACCCUUUGAGAAAUUCUGGUUUCAUGGCAGCUUUGGUUCCAUUUAAAUAAGGAUAACAGAAUAAUAAACACAGGAAAGCAUAAUGAUAUUUGAAAGAAAGUACACAAAGAUAUCUUACAAGUGGACUUGUAUGAUGAUAAAUAUAGACCAAAGCAAAUAAGGUAGAAUAUUUAUAAAUACAAAGAUAAUUUUACAAAUAUUUUAUAUAACUGUAUAGUUCAUAAGAAGAAUAUUGUUAGCUUGUGUUAGGUUUUGGGGAGGGUUUGUAUAUUUUGAUAAAAACACAAUGACUUUGUAACUCUGUAUAUUCUCUACAGUUUAUAGCAAAGCAGUUUUAAGAUGGCAAUGUCAUGUUUAUAGUUCAAUUGUGGCACUUUUACUACAAGUUAACAUAUUGCAGUAAUGAAUCAAGUAUUAAUGACCAAAUUAGAAUUAAAGUAAGUGUAAGAGAAGGUAAAUACUAUACGUUGUCAAAGACUGUAAUUUGCUGCAUAAUCGCAUCUGUAUUUUUGUUUAGAAGAAAAUAUUAAAUGCAGGUGUUAAGGAUUGAUAAAGAGUCUAAUUUUAUUUUUAGAAAGAGUGAUUAUAACUCUGUUUUUGCUUAAUUAAAAUAACAUAUUCCUAUUUUUCUGUAA